AAUGUAUUUUAAUUGCAGAGAUAUUAAACCAGACAACAUCUUGAUGGAUAUGAAUGGACAUAUUCGAUUAGCAGAUUUUGGUUCUUGUCUGAAACUGAUGGAAGAUGGAACGGUCCAAUCUUCGGUGGCAGUUGGAACACCAGACUACAUCUCUCCAGAAAUUUUGCAGGCCAUGGAAGAUGGAAAAGGGAAGUAUGGGCCCGAGUGUGACUGGUGGUCCCUGGGCGUUUGCAUGUACGAAAUGCUUUAUGGAGAAACGCCCUUUUAUGCCGAGUCCUUGGUGGAGACGUAUGGGAAAAUAAUGAACCACAAGGAGAGGUUUCAGUUUCCUGCUCAAGUGACAGAUGUCUCUGAAAGUGCAAAGGACCUCAUCCGAAGACUCAUUUGUAGUAGAGAGCAUCGACUUGGACAAAAUGGGAUAGAAGACUUUAAGAACCAUCCAUUUUUUGCUGGGAUUGACUGGGACAACAUCAGAAACUGUGAGGCACCUUACAUCCCAGAAGUCAGCAGCCCCACUGAUACAUCAAACUUUGAUGUGGAUGAUGACUGCUUAAAAAAUUCUGAAACAAUGCCUCCACCAUCACACACUGCAUUUUCUGGCCAUCAUUUACCAUUUGUGGGUUUCACGUACACAAGUAGCUGUGUGCUUUCAGACCGCAGCUGUCUAAGACUGACAGCUGGACCACCCUCCAUGGAUCUUGAUGCCAGCAUUCAAAGAACUUUGGAGGAUAGCUUAGCAACAGAAGCUUAUGAGCGGAGAAUAAGGCGUCUAGAACAGGAAAAGCUUGAACUUAGUAGAAAACUGCAAGAGUCCACCCAGACAGUCCAGGCUCUGCAGUAUUCGACAGUGGAUGGCCCAAUAACAGCAAGCAAAGAUUUAGAAAUUAAAAGUUUGAAAGAAGAAAUUGAAAAGUUGAAGAAACAGAUAACAGAUUCUGGUCAGCUGGAGCAGCAACUGGAGGAGGCCAGCACUGCAAGGCGGGAGUUGGAUGAUGCUUCCAGACAAAUCAAGGCUUUUGAGAAACAGGUCAGAACACUGAAGCAAGAGAGGGAAGACCUUAACAAGGAACUGGCAGAGUCUAGUGACAGAUUAAAAUCCCAAGCCAAAGAGCUGAAAGAUGCACACAGCCAGCGGAAAUUGGCAAUGCAGGAGUUCUCAGAGAUGAACGAGCGGCUGACAGACUUGCACUCUCAAAAACAAAAGCUUGCCCGCCAGCUCCGAGAUAAGGAGGAAGAAAUGGAAGUGGUGAUGCAAAAAGUAGAAAGUUUAAGGCAAGAGUUACGCAGAACAGAGAGACUUAAAAAAGAACUGGAAGUCCAAGCUGAAGCCGCAGCUGCUGAGGCAUCCAAAGACAGGAAACUGCGAGAGAGGAGCGAACAGUACUCUAAACAGUUGGAAAGCGAAGUAGAAGGGCUAAAGCAAAAACAGGUUGGUCGCUCACCUGGGGUAAGCAGUAUAGAACACCAGCAAGAGAUCACUAAGUUAAAGGCAGAUCUGGAAAAGAAAAGUGUUUUCUAUGAAGAGGAACUAUCUAAACGUGAAAUAAUGCAUGCUAAUGAAAUAAAAAGUCUGAAGAAAGAACUGCGGGAUGCAGAGAGCCAGCAGCUUGCCCUCAAGAAGGAGAUCAUGAUUUUGAAAGACAAGUUGGAGAAAACCAGAAGAGAAAACCAAAGUGAGAGAGAGGAAUUUGAAACAGAGUUCAAACAAAAGUAUGAACGGGAAAAGAUUCUGCUAACGGAGGAAAACAAGAAACUUUCAAAUGAACUUGAUAAGCUUACCACCAUGUUUGAGAGGCUGAGUAUGAAUAACCGGCAGCUGGAAGAAGAGAUGAGAGACCUGGCUGAUAAAAAGGAGUCCGUGGCCCACUGGGAGGCACAAAUUACUGAGAUCAUCCAAUGGGUAAGUGAUGAAAAAGAUGCUCGAGGUUAUCUUCAAGCCUUGGCCUCUAAAAUGACAGAAGAACUAGAGGCCCUGAGGAACUCCAGUUUGGGUGCAAGAGCUACAGACAUGCCCUGGAAGAUGCGCCGCUUUGCAAAACUGGAUAUGUCUGCAAGGUUGGAACUGCAGUCUGCUCUUGAUGCUGAAAUCCGAGCCAAACAGGCUAUUCAAGAUGAGUUGAAUAAAGUCAAAGCUUCCUGCAUCUCUACAGAGUGUAAACUGCAAGAAUCUGAGAAGAAGAACAUGGAACUGUUGUCAGAUAUUGAAAGGCUGAAGAAGGAGACAGAAGAGCUUAGAUCAGAAAAGGGUGUAAAGCACCAAGACUCACAGAAUUCUUUCUUGGCAUUUUUGAAUGCGCCUACCUCUGCUCUGGAUCAAUUUGAAGAUUCCUUUUCCUCCUCUUCAUCCUCAUUGAUUGAUUUUAUGGAUGACCGCUCUCCUUCCUGUAUUCCAGCUAACAAAGGCAGACGUAUUGAUUCAGUUGAGAAUUUUACUUUGUCUAAUACUCCAUCACGGGAUGAAGAUAGCAAGUCUCACCUCCAUUCAAGAUCAAGGUCUCCUUCUACAGCUAGUGAGAUUGAACCAAUCGAGGUUACAGAUCAUCCUCCGCGUUCAAUUCACACACCAACCAUGAGGACAGCAUAUAUUGGUUCGGGACUCUCUGCACCAAAGCCUAAAGCCCACCAGUUUGUAGUGAAAUCAUUUAAUACACCAACAAAAUGCAAUCAGUGCACGUCUCUGAUGGUCGGUUUAAUACGACAGGGCUGUACUUGUGAAGUCUGUGGAUUCUCUUGCCACGUGACCUGUGCAGACAAGGCUCCUGCGGUAUGUCCCAUCCCUCCCGAACAGACUAAGGGACCUUUAGGAAUCGAUCCGCAGAAAGGCAUAGGAACAGCUUAUGAGGGACAUGUCCGAGUACCAAAACCAACUGGAGUAAAGAAGGGUUGGCAGAGAGCGCUGGCAGUGAUCUGUGAUUUUAAACUCUUCCUAUACGAUGUGGCAGAAGGAAAAGCAUCCCAGCCCAGCGUGGUAGUGAGUCAGGUCAUAGACAUGAGGGAUGAAGAAUUCUCAGUGAGUUCUGUCUUGGCCUCAGACGUCAUCCAUGCGAAUCGAAAAGAUAUCCCCUGCAUUUUUAGGGUUACAGCUUCCCAGCUCUCUGCAUCCAGUAAUAAGUGUUCAAUCCUGAUUCUAGCAGACAGUGAAAAUGAAAAAAGCAAGUGGGUAGGAGUGCUGAAUGAAUUGCAUAGGAUCUUGAAGAAGAACAAACUCAAAGACCGUUCAGUCUAUGUUCCCAAAGAAGCUUAUGACAGCACCUUACCCCUCAUCAAAACAACACAGUCAGCAGCAAUCAUAGACCAUGAAAGAAUAGCUCUGGGGAAUGAAGAAGGGUUAUUUGUUGUGCAUGUCACCAAGGACGAGAUUAUCCGCGUUGGUGACAACAAGAAGGUUCAUCAGAUAGAGCUUAUCCCAAAUGAACAGCUCAUUGCAGUAAUCUCAGGACGAAACCGUCAUGUGCGGCUUUUCCCUGUGGCCGCCCUGGAUGGAAGGGAGACUGAGUUUUAUAAGCUGGCAGAGACAAAAGGCUGUCAGUCAAUAGUUUCUGGACAUGUGCGCCACGGAGCUCUUACCUGCCUGUGUGUAGCUAUGAAAAGGCAGGUCCUCUGUUAUGAACUAAAUCAGAGUAAGACACGUCACAAAAAGAUCAAGGAGAUCCAAGUCCAGGGGAACGUCCAGUGGAUGUCAAUCUUCAGUGACCGUCUCUGUGUGGGCUACCAGUCAGGUUUCUUAAAAUAUCCCCUUCACGGAGAAGGCAACCCGUACAGUCUGCUCCAUCCAGAUGACCACACACUAUCAUUUAUCUCGCAGCAGCCAACUGAUGCCAUCUGUGCAGUCGAAAUCUCAAAUAAAGAAUACCUGCUGUGUUUUAGCAGCGUGGGGGUAUACGUUGACUGCCAGGGCCGAAGAUCCAGACAACAAGAACUGAUGUGGCCCGCAACUCCAUCUUCUUGCUGUUACAAUGCACCAUACCUCUCUGUGUACAGCGAAAAUGCAAUUGAUAUUUUUGACGUGAACUCCAUGGAGUGGAUCCAGACUAUUCCUCUCAAAAAGGUACGACCCUUGAAUACAGAAGGAUCACUGAACCUUUUAGGCCUGGAGACAGUUAGAUUAAUAUAUUUCAAAAACAAAAUGGCAGAGGGUGAUGAACUGGUAGUUCCUGAGACAUCAGAUAACAGCCGGAAGCAAAUGGUUCGAAAUAUCAACAACAAGCGCCGCUAUUCGUUCAGAGUACCAGAGGAGGAGAGGAUGCAGCAGAGGAGGGAGAUGCUACGCGAUCCAGAAAUGAGAAAUAAAUUAAUUUCUAACCCAACUAAUUUUAACCACAUAGCACAUAUGGGCCCAGGAGAUGGUAUACAGAUUCUCAAAGACCUCCCGAUGCAACAGCAAGGGCAGCAGGCCCCUAUGACACCAUGUAAGGAAGGUGCUCAGAGGACUGGGGGUGACAAUCAGCGUUCCCCUUACCAAAUCCCUCAUCAUCACUCCCGUCUGAUCUCCUCUCCGAGCAACUUUGAGCACAUCUACCACAUGACUGUUAAUUCAGCAGAAAAAUUCCUCUCUUACGAUUCCAUAAACCCUGCAUUUUCCCCGCCUCCACGCUCUGUCCUCGGUACUCCAGACUUUGUGACUCUGAGGAAUCUUCGGCCUCAGGAAAGUCGGACCGUGUUCAGUGGCUCUGUCAGCAUCCCAUCGAUCACAAAAUCCCGCACAGAACCAGGACGAUCAAUGAGCGCAAGCAGCGGGUUAGCAGCACGAUCGUCUGCACAAAACGGCAGUGCUUUGCGGAGGGAGUUCUCAGGAGGUAGCUAUGGAGCAAAGCGUCAGCCUAUGGCAUCACCCUCAGAUGGCUCCUUAUCCUCUGGUGGCCUGGACCAAGGCAGCGAUGCACCAACAAGGGACUAUGAGCGAGAGGACUCUGACUCUCCGAGACACUCUACUGCAUCGAACAGCUCCAACCUCAGCAGCCCUCCCAGCCCAGUUUCUCCUCACAAGACCAAGAGCCUCUCCCUGGAGAGCUCUGACCACGUGAGUUGGGACUCAUGAACUGCUUCAGCAUUCAGAUUUGACAUCACAGCAGCUUGCUGUCCCCAUGGCUGUCCCCUUCACUUGCUCCAGUUCUCACCUUCAUCAUCCUAACCCUCCCCAUUCCCUGUCUGAAAGUGAUCUGGGAGUGGGGUACCGAGGAAGGUAAAAGCUGGUCCCUUCAGCACUGUUCAGCACUGCCUCACCCUCCCUUCCCCAGAUCUGACAGCAGCAGCAAAUGAGCAAAGCUAGGGUGUUGGUGAAUAUCAGAUGCUGUAGAUUUGUAUUAGUCUCGAUUUCAUUUUUGUGGUUACAGCUGCUUCAUUUUUAAAGACAUAUUUAUCCCACCCCCUUCCACUUCCCAAAAAGUAGCUUAAGUAGACCAGACGAGUAUCAACAAGAGAAAAUUCAGAGGGAUUUUGUUUUCAUACAAUAGCUCAUUGUACUGUACAAAAGUAGCACAGAGACCCCUUCCCCUGCACGGGGAACGAUCAGUAUGUCAGAGGCACAUAAAAGCUUUCAGCCACCACGUUUGAAUGUCAAUCUGAUUGUCGCCAGCAAAUCCUUAUUGAUUAAAAUGAUGCAUAUUUUACUACAGUACAGAGUUUAAAUAAAUACGCAGAUGUUAGAGU